AUGUUAGCUUGGAGUCUCGCCCUCGUUGCGUCGUCACUACUUUCCACCCCGACUGCCGCGUCUCCUUUCUCCCCGUCGUCGAACCUGUACCCACGAGCGGCAUGUUCAGGGAACACAGCAUCAACCAGAAAUGAGUGGUGCGACUAUUCCAUCGACACAGACUAUACCACGGAAGUCCCAGACACUGGAGUGACUAAGGAGUAUUGGUUCGAGCUGACUGAUGUCACUGUCGCCCCCGAUGGUGUCUCCCGCUCAGCUAUGGCCGUCAAUGGCUCCAUCCCUGGGCCAACUAUCUUUGCCGACUGGGGUGACACUGUGGUCGUCCACGUUACUAAUUCCUUGACCACUUCGCAAAAUGGAACUUCCAUCCACUUCCAUGGCAUCCGCCAGAACUACACGAAUGAGAACGACGGUGUUUCCUCUAUUACACAGUGUCCUACCGCCCCUGGCGAUUCGGUGACUUACAGCUGGAGAGCGAUGCAAUAUGGCUCUACAUGGUACCACUCACACUUCGCGUUGCAAGCCUGGGAAGGCAUAGCAGGAGGUAUCAUCAUCAACGGCCCGGCUACUGCGAACUACGACGAAGAUCUUGGCAUCGUCUUCCUAUCUGAUUGGGAUCAUCAAACCGUCGACGAGUUGUACCAGCAAGCGGAAGCUGGCGGCCCCCCAACGCUGGACAACGGGCUCAUCAACGGGACCAAUGUCUACGAUGACGGUGGCUCGAGGCUCGAGGUGUCCUUCACCUCGGGCACAUCUUACCGGAUGAGACUCGUCAAUGGCGCUGUUGACAGUCACUUCAAGUUCUCCAUCGACAACCACACGUUGCAGGUGAUUGCAUCAGAUCUGAUACCUAUCGAACCCUAUGAAACCACUGUUCUUGAUAUUGGCAUGGGACAACGAUACGACGUUAUCGUGACGGCAGAUCAAGCCUCGGUAGCAGACAACUUCUGGAUGCGGGCCAUUCCACAGUCGGCCUGUUCUUCUGAGAACGACAAUGCCGACAACAUUCGGGCUAUUGUGACGUAUGCCGAUACAGCGUCAACACCCACCACUGACGGCUGGGAUUACACGGACUCCUGCGAUGACGAGACUGAUAAUCUCGUGCCGUACAUCUCCAAGACCGUUGGCACUGCUGGUUUUGACUCUGAAACGGCAGCCGGCACCGCAAUCACCGAUGGCCUCUUCAAAUGGACACUGAACAGUACCUCGAUGGUUGUUGACUGGGAGGACCCUACGCUUCUCCAGGUCGUGAAUGGCAAUACCACGUUCGACACGAGCGAUGCCGUGAUCCAGUUGCCAACCGCCGAUGAAUGGGUUUAUCUGGUAAUCGACACGACCCUUUCUAUCCCCCAUCCCAUCCAUCUCCACGGCCACGACUUCUUCGUGCUCGCUCAGGGCACAGGCGACUACUCCAGCAGUGUCAGCUUGAACACCGCCAACCCCCCUCGAAGGGAUACGGCAAUGCUGCCAGCCAGCGGCUAUCUCGCCAUAGCCUUCCAGGCAGACAACCCUGGCGCGUGGCUCAUGCAUUGUCACAUUGGAUGGCAUACCAGCGAAGGCUUCGCGUUGCAGUUCGUGGAGAGAUACGACGAAAUAGCCGCAACCACGGACGGCGAUGCAUUGAUGGAUUCUUGUUCGACAUGGACGACAUUCCAAAGCGGGCAGAGCAUCGUGCAGGAUGACUCUGGAAUAUGA